AUGGGAUGGCACCAGCUCUUGGCUGCAGGAUGCACCGUCUUCUCACUUAUAAUGCUCAUCAUAGUCGUCACGAGCCACAACUGGAUCGUCGUAGAGUCCACCAGUCAGAUGUACUAUAGCGGUGUCUGGAAAAUCUGUGCAACGGUGGUGUGUGAUAGUGUCUAUGCCAAAAAAGGUUACUUUCAGCUCAUCCGAACACUCUUCGUCCUUGCCAUGUUUUCUACAUUCUUCAGCUCCUCUUUCAUGUUAUUCACUUACCGCUACUUACCAGCUUUUAGGUCAUCCCGAUUCCUGUUUGCGGCAAUAGGCUCUUUCAUCACUGGAUUCUUGAUGUUAAUUGCUGUGACUGUUUACACCAUCUUCAUCGUCAAGCACGGAAUCUCCCCAGAAGUUCACGUUACCUACCAGUGGAGUUUCUACUUGGCUUGGUGCAUCGGGCCUUCGUUUGCUUUAACAGGUUUCUUAUCUCUGAUGGCGUAUUACUUCAUGCCGGUACACCGGAUCAGCUUAACAGAUGACGACAGCAUAAACCAAUCUCCCAGCUCAGAGCUGAGAAUUAUCUCAAUGGAGAGCUGUCACCGCAACUCGGUGAUGCUCAACAUGGCAGAAUUCUGA